GUCUUUUUGCGACCGUUUAUUUACGUCAUGGCAUCGGUGGAUUUCAGAGACAACCUGCUGGGCAUAUCCUGGGUGGACAGCGGCCUGGUGCCCAUCCUCAAUCCUGGAAAUGUACUUGACUACUUCUCAGAAAGAAGUAACCCCUUUUAUGACCGCACUUGUAAUAAUGAGGUGGUUAAAAUGCAGCGGCUUAGCCUGGAUCAUCUCAAUCAGAUGGUGGGAGUGGAAUACAUUCUUCUUCAUGCGCAGGAACCCAUUCUCUACAUCAUCAGGAAGCAACAGAGACAGUCACCUACACAAGUGAUUCCCUUGGCAGACUACUACAUCAUCAUAGGAGUGGUCUAUCAGGCCCCAGAUCUCAGCACGGUCAUCAGCUCCAGAGCGCUUUCUGCUGUUCACGGCAUCCAGUCAGCAUUCGACGAAGCCAUGUCCUAUUGUCGCUACCAUCCCUCCAAAGGUUACUGGUGGCACUUCAAAGAUCAGGAGGAGAGAGAAAAAAACAAGCCAAAGUCCAAGAAGAAAGAGGAGCCAGGUUCACUGUUCCAGAGGCAUCGUGUGGAUACACUGCUUUUGGACCUCAGGUCCAAGUUUCCACCAACCUUCUACCAGCCAAAGCCUGGAGAGAAGCCCAUUCCAGUGGAGGUGAAGAAAGAGCCUGAAGCUCCCACUGAAACAGUCAAACAAGAGGAAAGGGAGCCAGCGGCCAAAUCCUCUGCUGCUGCCACCACCGCAGCCGCAGCACCAGCUAGCAAGCCACCUCCUGAGAAACGAGCACGGCUCCAGUGA